AUGAGUUCAAGCCAACAGAGAGAUUGCUGCGCAACAUCUGUUGCUGCUCCACAAACGACGAAUGGUGGAGAUGGCAGCACAAACAUAUUGUCCACCCAAUUGGCGACAUAUCGUGUUUUUGUGGUCACCUGGAAUGUUGGUUCUCGUUUUCCAGACAACAUAUCAUUACGCAAUUUGCUGGGCAUCAGCAACUUGGUGGAGGAUCAUCAUUUACCCGACAUCUAUGCAAUCGGUUUGCAGGAGGUCAAUGUGCAACCACAACAACAAGUAUUGGGCUUGUUCAAAGAAGACCCCUGGACAGACAAGGUCAAGAGUUUGUUAAAGGAUUUCAAUUAUGUCCUCAUUAAGACGGAACAAAUGCAAGGGCUGCUGGUAAGUUUGUUCGUGCGGCGACAGCAUGUACCACAUCUACGUGAUAUUGAGCCGGAAUUUACACGAACUGGGUUUGGUGGCAUUUGGGGUAAUAAAGGUGCCGUUUCGGUACGCUUCAAUCUGUAUGGCUGUGCUCUAUGUUUUGUGGUAUGCCAUUUGGCAGCUCAUGACCACCACUUGGACGAACGCAUUGAGGAUUUCAAACAAAUCAUGGAUAAUCAUCACUAUCACGUUCCACGCUAUAGGGAAAUCUAUGAUCAUGAUUAUGUUUUCCUAUUCGGCGAUUUAAAUUUCCGUCUAAUGGGUGAUGAUUCAGCCCAAGAGAUCCGUGAUAGAAUAAUUAAGGAUGACGCUGUAGAGGAGCUAAUGAGUCGUGAUCAGCUUUCGUAUGUACGACAGCAAACACAAGAGGCAUUUCAAUUGUUGCAAGAACGUAAACCUGCUUUUCCACCCACUUUCAAGUUUCAUGAAGGCACCUCGGAAUACAAUCUAAAGAGAAGACCGGCUUGGACAGAUCGCAUAUUGUAUUCGGUACAACCGAAUAACAAGCAACCGAAUAGUAAUUUGGAAAUUGAACAAUGUGCCUACAAAUCCAUACCGGGAUAUUGUAUCAGUGACCAUAAACCGGUGACUAGUGAAUUUACCAUUAAACUAUAUCCCAAUUAUCGUGCCCCAUGUGUAGAAUUCAAAGAUAUUACGGUGUGGAAAAUCGAUGAAGAAAACACCGUGGAAUAUAAGAAACCAUUGGACUUGCAGGAACGUGAUUUUGAUUGGAUUGGCAUAUAUCCCGUCAACUAUGCCAGUCUUAAGGAAUAUGUUUCAUAUGAAUACGUCAAUAAGACAGAUUCACCACCAUCCACUCCGGAUACAAAUGAUCCAUUUUGGGAUAACAAUACCGGUGGGAGGAGGCAUCGUAGACAUGGCCGCAGACAUCAUGAUCAACAUCGUGAGAGAGUGAGGCGACAACAACAAGCCAAUGAGGAAUUGGUACGUCUUGAAUUUGAUGAUGAUGCUGAUCUGAAGGAUGGCGAAGAAUAUGUACUCAUCUAUUUCCAUAAUACCGGUUUGCGUGGUGUAUCGAGUGUGGCAGGCAUUAGUAAUGUUUUCAAGGCUGAAAAACGACCCUCAACACCAAGAUUUUCCAAUGUUGACUAACAAAGGUUUUCAUUUGGCUAUGCUAGUGAUAUUUUAUUG